AAAUUUUACAAGUUAUACAUUUUCUACCCCUCAAGAACAGUUGUCAUCUCACUGUUAAGUGUGUCAAUUCUCAGGGACAAGUGUCAAUGGAAAUUCCACUAUACUACUCUGCACUGUACAAAGAUCUCAGUAAGCUAAAUACUCUCAAUAAUCCUCUCAAACAUGCUCAUUCCCAAUUCCAAUUCCCCUUUUUUCAUCUCACCCUUUCAAUCCAAUACAUUGUUCUUGUACAUAGUAAUUCGCCAUGGAAUCUGAACGAGCAAAUGCAGAUGAAAUUCAAAGCCCUUUUUCUGCCCACCACAUGUAUGAUGAAAUGCCAAGCUCAUAUUCUACUAACAAAAGUGUUAAUUAUGUUGAAAGGAGUGAUAGUACAGUUUUGGGUUUGCAGAAUGCGGCAAAUUUUUCUGGGGUUCGGAAGAGGAAACGGGGGGUGUACGUUGCUGAAAAAUGGGACCCGAUUAUGAAAAAACGGGUUUGGUUAGGUACAUUCAACACUGCUGAAGAAGCUUCCGAGGCUUAUUUGGCUAAGCAAUGUGAAUUUUCUUCUGCCCACCACAUGUUUGAUGAAAUGCCAAGCUCAAAUUUGACUAACAAAACUGCUUCUGUUGCUGCUGAUGGGAAAAAGCCCUUUAUUCAGGAGAUAUCUUUUCGUGACAAAAGUACCUUACUUGGAGCUGAAUGGCAUAACAUGGGGAAAUUGAGAAAAAAGACUUUCAAGAAAAAGCAGGUAUGCAAAAGCUUUAACUCUAAAAUGCAUGGGAAAGAACCUGUAGAAUCUUGUAAACAAACAUCAUGUUCAAUAUCUAAAUCAUCUGAUAGGUGUAAUACUAUGAAAAGAAAUCCUAAAGCUAAGUCAGGCUUACUUGGAAUCCGAAAGCAAAAGAAUGGAAGAUAUAGUGCUGAAAUUAGAGACCCAAUUAAGCAUAAGCAAGUAUGGUUGGGUACUUUUGACACUAUUGAAGAGGCUUCACAAGCUUAUUUGUCCAAAAAGUCUGAGUUUGAUAAGGAGAAUAAACCAAAGAAUUGUGAUCAAACUCAGCCUGAAUCAUCUGUUAGGGCAUCAUUGUCUAGUGUAGGUAUAAAUAAAAAAAUGGAUUCUCCCAAAACAACGCGUAUCAUUGGGGUUCGAAAGAACAAGUGGGGGAAAUAUACAUCUGAAAUUAUAAACCCCAUUAGUAAGAAAAAGAUUUGGUUGGGGACUUUUAGCACGUAUGAAGAAGCUUCCCUGGCUUAUCAAUCUAAGAAGCUCGAGUUUCGGGAAAUAGUCAAGCCAAAGAAGAAAUGUAGUAAGAAAAUUCAUUCAAAUGCAAGGGAGAAGCAAGUUGGGAAAGAGAAAAUAGUUGUAAAUUGUGAAGAACUUCAGCUUGAAUCAGCUGCUGAAGGAACUUUCCAUGCUAAUCAGUAUAUGAAAUUCUACGUUCAGAGAUCACAGGAGGACGAGUUGCAAAGCAAAAUGCCGGUUGAUUUUGGUACAGGGGAGAAGCAGGCUGCAAAAGAGAAAUUAGUUGGAAAGUGUGAAGGAUUUCAGCCCGAAUCAGCUGCUGAAGAAACUUUCCAUGCUAAUCAGUAUAUGAAAUUCAGCGUUCAGAGAUCAAAGGAGGACGAGUUGCAAAGCAAAAUGCCGGUUGAUUUUAGUACUGGGGAGAAGCAGGCUGCGAAAGAGAAAUUAGUUAGAAAGUGUGAAGGAUUUCAGCCCGAAUCAGCUGCUGAAGAAACUUUCCAUGCUAAUCAGUAUAUGAAAUUCAACGUUCAGAGAUCAAAGGAGGACGAGCUGCAAAGCAAAAUGCCGGUUGAUUUUAGUACAGGGAAGAAGCAAGGAAGUCAAGAAGAUGCAGAUUCAUCGAUGGGACAAUGGGUCCAACUUCCAGAUGGCAGGGAAGUCAAAUUUUCGCUGGAACUGGGCUUACCAAUCAUUGAUAAGUAUGGAUCUCUUUUAGUUGUGUUCCUUGAGCAUAGGGUCUACCGGAAACAACCAGCUCUUUGUUGCGUACUACACUGGGUGUGUUCCUGUUGUUGUCUACUUCCUUUCGACUACAUACAAUGGUAUAACAAGUGCGGACAAAGAACAUAUCUCGCACAAAUUUCAGUCCCUACUCAAAAGUGCUAAAGACUUGUUUUGCAAGGUAGUCAUACAUAGCAAAUUGCAUAUCCAUAAUUCCAUUGAUGUGAAAGAGAGAGAGGAAGAACAGUGUGAAACUGGAUCAAAGACCCCAAAGGAAUCCAAACUGCUCAAGGAGGCCCAUAACUGAAACUCAAAACUCCACUUCCCUAGUUUGAGGAGGACAUCCUGAUUUAAAAGAUUAUACUGCACAGAUUAGGAAGGCAAGAGGGGCACAAUCAACAGGAGAGACAAUAACCAGCAACUUGAUCACAGGUUAGUGUUUGGAUCGUCUCAAGACUAGGAUGAUAAUGCAAUGAUGUAAAGUUCGAUAUAUGCAGGCGAUUGACACUUAAUUAAAGGACACACAUAGAGCAAUUCCAGGUACAUACCGCCUUGCAGUCCAUUUGGAGAUGCAUUGGCAGUUGAUGAGGAGCCAGCAGCAUGUAGCGGAAAGGAUAAGUGCUCGCUAACACAUGAUGAUGAAACGAGGAGUGGCCGCCCUCCUCCUUACGUAUGGAAUUUCUUUUCAUUCCUUACUCUUCCAUUUUAUAUCAAGGACCAUGCAAAUUUCUUAUAUUAUGAGGUGUUUGUUUUUUAUGAAAAAGAGAAUCAAAAUCUUAGUAA